UAUAUACAAAUACUUUAGAUAAUAAUAAUAUAUAGGUAACCAAGAUUCGCCUUGAAGCGAAUGUAGUUUUGUUUAUUUCUACCACGUGUAAAGUAUUCAUUUCUAAAACAUUAACUAGAAAUCACUAAAUUAAGUUGACAGCACUAAAUUAACAUCACUGAGUAUUUUCUUCUGGAGGAAAAAUGGGUGGAAAACCUAAGCAGACACCACGCACUAAAAACAAUGUAAAGCCUUCAAGUAGCAGCCGCAGUGCAGAACUGUUGGGUACUGCCCCAACUUUUGUAGGAUUUUCUGCUCAUUCAGAUUUCGGUCUGAUACCAUUUGCUCCUGGAUUUGCCACUGCCGAAUUGCCGGAUACAUUCGAUGCCAGUAUAACACCUCAGUACCAAUUGAUACUAAAAAAAAUGUCGAAAAAAGAUUCCAUGACUAAGAAGAAGGCUUUACAAGAGUUCAUUAAUUUAAUCAGCCAUUCUGAACUCGAAGAAAUGAAGACUAUAUUACCAUUAUGGCCUAAAUUUUAUCAUAACCUUGCCAGCGAUCCGGAGCAUAACGUAAGAGAACUAACUCAAACUGUGUUGCACCUGCUGGUGUCGAAGUGCAAAAAAACGAUCGCACCAUACUUAAAGCAAUUAAUACCUGUGUGGUUGGCCAGUCAUUUUGACAAUUACGCACCAGCAGCCAGCAUUGCAAGUACAUGUUUUACUGAAACAUUCACAAAUCGUAUCCGAGAAGUAUGUUUGCAUUGCCGAUACGAGAUUGUAGACUAUGCUAUUCGAAACUUGACAUUUCAUACGCCCGCGACACUGUCACCGGGAAAGAAUCUAACAUCUGAAGAAGCAGAACAAAAAUUCCAACGAAUUGUAAUAUGUAGUUUAAAAGAGCUCUCAUUCUUCGUUGAGCAUACAGCUGGCAGUGACGAACAAAAACAAAUCCAAGAGUCUUUACAAAAAUUGCUAUCGCAUCAAAAGUUUUGGAGUUUCGCUAAAAAUAAACUAAAUGCAAUCAAAGCUGCUUGGUUUGAGUUUAUGUAUAAUAUGGUUAUGUACCAUGCCGACGCGGUAUCUCCUCAAAAAAACCAACUUAUAAUGCUGUCGUUUCAAAAUAUCGAUGAAUCUGAUCCUCUAGUGGCUCCUCAUAUAUGGGGCUGUGUUUUAUUGCUACAAACUAAUUAUAAGGAUUGGCAUCAAACUAUUGAUUUCAAUAAAAUGAUUUGGCCAAAAUUCUGUUCACUUUUACGUAACAAGUUCAACCGUAACGCUCGAGCGAUUUGCCCUAAUUUAUUACCCUUUUUUUCGCAACUUUCACAAAUUGUUGAGGAUGAAACCGAAUGUCACUGUUUGAUUAAACAGUUCUCUGAUAACUUAAAGAAUAUUAUUACUACAAACGACUUGAACAUAUCGAAGUCCGACAAUAUUGUUACGAUAAAAACCUAUUUUGAAUGUAUCCGUUAUUUUAUACAAAAACUUAUCGAGAACGAGCCUAUGUCGCCGGAAGCUGCUAAAUUUGCGUUAAUAUUGUUAGAAGAUAAUGUUAUAGAUCUUCUAAAGUGGUGUUUAAGUACAACGAAUCCCUUAACAGCAAAACAAUGCUUUCAGCACAUCGCAACUUUAAUGGCAUUUUUUGAUAAGCAGGUGAUCAGCUAUAAUCCAUAUGAGCAAUUGUUAAAUCAAUUUUGGAAUUGUUUGUUCGUAAUAACCUCUGAGGAUUUCUUUAGAGAGGAUGUAAAUGAGUUCACUUUGGAGCGUGUUUUAGAAUUGUUUAAAGAUCUCUGCUUGGCUAAUCCUACUUUGGAAGAGCAUAAAGUUAAGUUCAUUAAAAAUGAACAGAAUUGCGAAGACGUUGCUGAUAAAGAGAUAACAUACCGAGAAAAUAUGGAAAAGGCUGAAAGGGACGGCAAGUUGAAACAAGGCUACAGUGCAGCUAGUUUUAUUAACACCAAACUGAAACGGAUCGUCGUGCAUUUUUUUGCAGCUUGUUUGCGGAAUAUACUACAAUUUUCUUCGUGCAAAUAUAUUAAAUAUUUACGUGUCAUCAUUGCUAUAUUUAACGAUGAAGAGUUCUUUAGCCGCGUCACUGAUAAGGGUACCUUAGAUGCUACCUUAAGCCACAUAUUUGCGAUUUUAGAGAGAGUGAUCACAAUAGAUCAUGACAAUAAGUCCUUGGAAAUUUUAGUAGAAAUUAUUUUUGAAAUUUUGAAAAAGCACGAAAAAGUGAAACGUUUCGAAUUUAUUGAAAACAAAUUAAUGAAGUUAUCUCACGGAGUCACGCUAACGUUAGUGUUACAAUGUCUACUUUCCCAUCCUUGGUGUACUGAACCAGAGGUACGAGACAUACUUGCCCAACCGGAAACCAUUACAUUCAUAUCUCAAUUGGCUAAUGAAGUUGUACAAAACAAUUCCAAAGAUUUAUAUAAUCUCUUACAUAAGUGUUUUUUUCAAACGGAAUGCGGAGAUAUUUUAAUCUCGUUGAAGACUGUUGACAAUAUAUUAAAUACAUUGGCCGAUGCUUUAUCUAAACAAAAUUGUGACAAGAAAUGCUCCACGGAUUUGGACGCUUGUGGCACUUUUAUAGCCCAAAUUAUGCCAGUAGUUUGUAACAAUAGAAAUUCGAGUCGUGAUGUGCAGCAAACGGUCUUCCUAAAGUUGUUCGGCUUUACUAUUGAGCAUUGUAUAUCAAAUGACGAUAAUAUAUCGGAGGAUACCAUAUGGGAAAUCACCACCUGCUGGCAAGAUGCCUUAUGCAGUGAAGAUGUGUCUUUGGAUGAUAAAUUAUUAAAAGCUUGCGUUGAAAUAGUCAAUCGACAAAUACCAUGUGAAUAUACUAACAUUAACAUUAUUGAUUCGUUGGCCGAAGUUUUAUCAAAAUUUGUUUUGUGUUCUACUGAGAGUGUACCAGAAGAAGAUGGCCAGCGUUUGCAACGUAUUGAUGAAAUUUUUAAAGAACUUCUAGCGAUUGAUCGCGAAGCAGUAGAAGAACUUUUAAAUACCACUCUUUUUGCUGAAGCCGUUACAAGUAGCGCAACUCCAAUUUAUGGGUUUAAAGGAAAUUAUUGUAAAGUUGUUGAUAUGGAAAGGAUUCUACAGAAAGCAUUAUUAAAUUUUUCCACAUUAUUUAAAUUAUUAUGUAAAAGUAAUACUAAUGAACAAACGGCUAACAAAGGACUAAUGCCGUUAGUAAAUAAUGCCAGGGAGAUUAUUCAGGAGGAAAAAAAUACCGAAGAUUAUUGUGAUCCUAAUGAGAAUGUACUUAAAAUUUGUUCUAAUUUUUUAAUAAGCGAAUUAAUUCAAUACACUAAUAUAUCGGCUGCAGCGGAUGUUUUGAUUAACCAGCAAUUGCUUACAGAUCCAGUGCAUACUUUAGCACUUGAACUAUCAGAAAAAGUGAAACUUUUGUUGAGUAAAGUUCAUCAAUUAGGGAUACGAUUUCGAAAGCAAUUACUUAUUAAGUGUUCCCAAGAACUCGAUUUGAGCUAUUGUAGGUGCCUUUUGUAUUUAAUGUACAUUGACGAAUACACUGAAUACGAAGAAAAUGCCAUGAUCGUAAUAUUUGAAGAGCUGAGUGAACAUUUCGUAACCAACAAUCAUUUAAACAUCUAUAUAAACAUUUUGCAGUAUUUUUUGCCGAAAUUACAAUUCAGAUCAUUUGGGAUGGAUAAUCCAAUAAUGAAUACCGAACCAAGUCAAAUAUGGAUAAAAGCUGUUGUAUUUCGAUGUUUAUUACGAAAUAAUUUCGGCGACACAUUUAACAAAACUGAUGAUAAAGGAAUGAUAAAAUUAGCCGAGCAAUUUAUAACAGAACACGCUGAAAAAUUACAUACACAGAAAGAAUUUUUAUCAUAUCAAUGUGAAAUAAACAAACAAAAAAUCGAUAACGUGCUAAACGCUGUUGAAUAUAUGAACUUACUUAUUGAACUUUUGGAAAAAGCACCAUACGAAUUAUCGAUAAAGAGCUGGGAUAUUAUACGCAUCGGUUUGGGUCAUUGGAUCCUAAGUGUAACGAAAACUUUGGAUAAUGCUCAAGAGAAACUUGAUCAAAUGACUUUAUACUUUACAAUUCAUGUGUUCAAAUUAUUUGCCGCUCUAACAGAGUUCUUUAGCAAGGAAAAACAGAAAAGCUCCACGCAAUUAAUUAAAAAGGUCUACGAUGAAUGGUUACAAGUCUUCGCUAAAGAUGUUUAUUUAACGUUAUUUAAGACCUACUAUCGCUUAUGUGAACACGAAGAUAUUGUCGAAAAAUUUGUCGAUUGUUGGUCAAUGUUCUUAAAUGCUUUAACGCACACGAUGGAUUUUAUGGAUUAUGGUGUAGUAUAUAUGUUCUGCAAAUCUUCGAAAGUUUUCUCCCUUGAUCAUGUUAGCAAUUUCCUGCUUAAAAAUCUGUCGAAUCCGUUGCAUUCAAUGAGAACAGCGAGUAUGUUCAUGAUGUGGCAGUUUACACAAUAUUUUGUAGCCGAUGAUACAGACACAUUCGAUCACAAAAGUGCACAGUUAGAAAAAGUGGAGCAAACGAACGUGGCCAGCUGGCAUUUCUUAAAUCGUUUUGAAGAUUAUCUGGAACGAUACGACAUGGCGAUACAAAAGUACCUUAAAGAAUUCAGUUUUAAAUUAACUGAAAUUGCCAAAAUGGAGCCUAUAAAUCAUCAGGAAGCCUUUAGCUAUUUAAUGCUUUGGAAUUGUGUCAUUUUUGCUUGCGUUAAAGCCCCGGUAGCUUUGCGCUCGGUCUAUACUGCAUGGUUAUGCGGAAACAAAUACAAGGAGAAUUUGUUACACUUUUUAUUCCGUGCUAUGCCAGUGGAAAUCCUUAAAAAUCACAGCACAAAGCAAAUGAACAAUGAGAUUUUCAAAGCUCUAUCUUGGUCACAAAUUAAAGAUCCAAAAUUAUCUUUGGAAAGAUAUGUUUGCCACUUUUAUACGGAGUUUUUAAGCAAACUACCGGCUGUGGUGCGUAAAUGGUGGAAUACUUGUCCCUCACGUCAAAAAACAUUCGUCGAUAUAUUAACAACAAAUUUCGUGUCGCCGUUAAUUUGUACGUACGAAUUAACGGCUAUUGCGGACAAAAAGGAAAAACAUGAAAAUAUGCAGGUCACUGUUCACACUUCAACGCGCGAAGUGUCGGCUGUUUACUCAAUUGACGAAGCCAGGAUGGAACUAGUGAUAACUCUAGCUGCUAAUUACCCUUUGGGCUCAGUUAAAGUUGGUGGUAGAUCAACAUCAAGAAAUAUAGCCAUGCAAUUAACUAUUUUCCUUACACAUCAAAACGGCACAAUAUUUGAUGGGCUAGCUUUAUGGAAAAAUAACUUAGAUAAAAAAUUCGAAGGCGUAGAAGAGUGCUAUGUUUGCUACACCGUUAUACAUCAAGACACAUGUCAAUUACCGAAAUUAACUUGUAAAACUUGUAAAAAGAAAUUUCAUGGUCCUUGCUUGUACAAAUGGUUUACGACCAGCAAUAAAUCGACCUGCCCGAUAUGUCGUAAUGUUUUCUAAUUCAAGGAAUUAUCGAAUUCGAAAAUAUAUAUUAAUACUUGUAAAGGCAAUUCAUAUAAUUUGAACCGUUUAUUUUUGAAUUUCAACGAUUUCAUGUAAUAAAAUA